AUGCGGAAAUACUUCGCCAUUCAAGUGUCGAAAGCGCAUAGCUUCGGUCAGAUAGUACUGUACUCGUCCGAAAGAGUGAAACUUGGAUUCACGGAAAAUGUUGCUCUUACCUGGAGAGGAAAAGUUGCGUCACUGAAGGUGGGAGGCUCCGUCACGAGCCUUUCUGUCGCGAAUGAAGACGAAAUUCUUACGGAACUAACGAUUGGAGAACGUCGAGGUCUCUCCUUCUCUGGUCGUAUUAUCCAGCUCUCCGUCAAUGGUAGGGAUCUCCAGCGAAAAGAUCUCAAGUCUGACUUAAGUUUGCGCGACAUGUACGUCUCUCCAGUGAUGUUCGAGAACGGCACAUUCAUCCACCUUCCUAAUAUAGACGUGGAAUUCAGAUCGAAACUACAGAUAAGACUCAGUUUUAACCCGAGCUCUAAAAAAGGGGUUAUUUUUAUGAUGGAUUGCUUCUUGAGAAAAGAUAAUCGCAGAAGCUACCUUGCUCUCAUCCUCAAUCACUCGCGACCUCAUUUCUUCUGGGAUUUCGGCUCGGGUCCCGUCUCUUUAAGCGCUGAAACACCAUCUGUCGCGAGUUGGACGGCGGUCAAGUUCACGAUGACGUCUUCAGCCGCGAAUAUGCACCUGAAUGAAAAUGCAGCAGGCUCCAGAUCGUUCAAGGCAGAAGGCGAGCAGUUCGCAUUCGGCAACUGCUCCGUUUUCUUGGGUGGCGUUCCGGAUGCACAUUUGCUUCCCAAAGAGCUGCAGCACCAUGCGAACGCGUUUGCAGGUGAAAUCAAGCAAUUGACGAUCAACGAGAGGCCUUUUCAACUACAUCAAAACAUUCUUCGCUACGGAAUAUCGGAAAAAGGAAGCGAGUUAGUGGAACAUCGAAGGACCUCGGAAAGAUGCUGCGCUGCUACAGUAAGCAAAGAUGCGGACAGCACGAAAAUGGCGGCUUUCUUCAACGGAACCGAGGAGUACGCGUACCUGAGCGGAGGAACGACACCAGUCUUCUCAUCAAAUUCUUCUGAUUUCUCGUUCGACUUUCGAGCCGUUUCAUUGGACGGCGCUGUAUGGUGGGAAUCAGAAUGGAAUGGAUCUGACAGAAAAGACUUCCUCAUCAUCCACCUCAGAAAAGGCCAUGUGAACGUAGCUGUGAACCUGGGGAACGACUCACUGAAAUCGGUCUCAACCAAUAAAAUCGUGACCCGUGGCAAGUGGCAUCGCGUCUCAGUAGAAAGACGAGAACACAGGACAACGGUGAGUGUCGACGAUAAACUAACAACAAUAAUCUCCUCUGAAGGAGAUACACAGUUGAAUACGAAUGGACUUGUUUAUCUGGGAGGACGGAUAGGCGACGCUAAGCGUCACCGCAUCAGAGGCACAUUCGUUGGUUGCAUUAGACGUGUAAAAAUCCGGGGAAUCUAUGUGGACCUUUUUGAGGACGUGGUUUCCUCUGCGAUUCCUUCACAUUGCCAACCAGAUAUCGAGGGAUGA